AUGGAUCCCCAAGCUUUUAUUCGCCUUUCAGUAGGCUCUCUUGCCUUAAGAAUUCCCAAGUUUCUCUUGAACUCUUCUUCAAAAUCCGAUGAGAAGAAGAACGUUUCUUCCCAAUGCUCUUGCGAAAUUAAACUCCGAGGCUUUCCUGUUCAGACAACGUCUAUCCCUUUGAUGCCAUCCCUAGAUGCAGCUCCUGACCACCACAGCAUUUCCACAAGCUUUUAUCUUGAAGAAUCUGAUUUAAGAGCUCUCCUUGCCCCUGGAUGCUUCUAUAAUCCUCAUGCUCACUUGGAAAUUUCUGUUUUUACGGGUAAAAAGAGUUCGCACUGCGGGGUUGGUGCUAAAAGACAGCUGAUUGGGAUAUUUAAGCUGGAGGUAGGUCCUGAAUGGGGAGAAGGAAAACCAAUGAUUCUCUUCAAUGGCUGGAUCGGUAUUGGAAAGAACAAGCGGGAUGGUGGUGCAGAGCUUCAUUUGAGAGUGAAGCUCGAUCCUGAUCCUCGAUAUGUGUUCCAGUUUGAGGAUGUUACUACUUUGAGCCCUCAGAUAGUUCAGCUCCGUGGCUCGGUCAAGCAACCUAUCUUCAGUUGCAAAUUUAGUCGAGACAGGGUGUCACAGGUGGAUCCGUUGAACGGAUACUGGUCAAGUUCAGGCGAUGGAACCGAGCUUGAGAGUGAGAGACGUGAGAGAAAAGGCUGGAAGGUGAAGAUACAUGAUCUCUCUGGCUCUGCGGUUGCUGCUGCUUUCAUAACAACUCCUUUUGUCCCAUCCACUGGCUGUGAUUGGGUCGCCAAGUCUAACCCUGGUGCUUGGCUUGUGGUCCGGCCUGACCCGUGUCGACCCAACAGCUGGCAGCCAUGGGGAAAGCUCGAAGCCUGGCGGGAACGCGGGAUCAGAGACUCCGUGUGUUGCAGAUUCCAUCUACUAUCCAACGGGCAAGAAGUUGGAGAUGUUUUGAUGUCUGAAAUUCUCAUCAGCGCUGAGAAAGGCGGGGAAUUUUUAAUCGACACGGAUAAACAGAUGCUAACGGUUGCAGCUACCCCAAUUCCAAGCCCGCAGAGUAGCGGAGACUACUCCGGAUUGGGAGCAUGCGUCUCUGGAGGCGGGUUUGUAAUGAGCUCAAGAGUGCAAGGGGAAGGGAGAAGCAGCAAGCCCGUGGUGCAAUUGGCUAUGCGGCAUGUAACGUGUGUGGAAGAUGCAGCCAUUUUCAUGGCGCUUGCUGCCGCUGUUGAUCUUAGCAUUCUGGCUUGUAAACCUUUCAGGAGGAUGAGCCGGAGAAGGUUCCGGCAUUACUCUUGGUGA